AUGGCAGUCGGCCGAUACGCAUUUCUCGAAUUGAGGAUUUUAAUUGAAGUUGACUUAGCUGAUAACGAUUUAUCAGUUUUACCGAGAGACAUAUUCAGGGGCAACGAAAGAUUAAGAUUGGUAGUGUUAAGUAAUAAUCCUUUGACAAAUUUGAUCGCUGAUCAGUUUCCACCGCUACCUCAUCUUCGUAUGUUGCUAUUAGAUGGAUGUAGACUCAGAACAAUACACACGAAAUCUUUAAGAAAUUUGAGAUCUCUAGAAACCAUAGACUUACGUAGAAAUCAAUUGACAUUCCUUCGCUUAGGUACAUUUUCAUUGCCAGCCUUAAAAACGAUGUCACUGUCUGGAAAUCCAUGGAGGUGCGACUGCCGAUUACGUGAGUUUCGAGAUUGGUUUUUAGAUAGUAAAUUAGGAACCGAAGAACUUUUAUGUAUAGAACCAACAACACAGGCUGGAAACAAGUGGCGGAAUGUUCCUAGUGAAAACAUGACAUGUGCUCCAGAAGUACGGUCGAGUACAUUGGUUGUGAGAGCAGAAGUAGGAUUAGCAGUUUCCUUUGGAUGCUGGGUCCACGGAAUACCAAAACCUCAGGUAAUGUGGUUAUUCGAUGGAAUGAAUAUUCACAACAAUACAAUCGAUUGCGAUAUGGAAGAAACUGAUACAAUAGUAGAAAAUGAUAAUUCGGAAGAUAGAGUGCCUGGUAGUGUAAGAUGGGUAAACGUAACAUUGUUAAAUGUAACUUCAAGUGUUGCUGGAGAGUGGACUUGUGUAGCGAAGAGCACAGCUGGAGAAGCUAGAGCAGUUAUUAGUUUGGUACUACCUAGAUCCCAAACAGCAACUGCUCGUACUGCACCAGGCAUACCUCAACUUUUAGGUGUUGUUUUUGGAGCACUAGGUGCCCUAGCCGCACUUGGUUUUAUCGCUGCAGUUGCUUGUUGGCAUUUAAGAAGGCGAACUGUGCCACCUAGUCGUAGUUUUAUGGACCAGGAGAAACGAUUGAUUGAUGCCUCAGUUGUUGUCAGCUGUGAUCGUUCUAUUGCAGAUAUGGCAUCUCCUUGUGAUUUCGAACUCACCGAACGUUCCUUAUCUGUUGAUAACGAUCAACCUAGAGGAUGUGGAUUUGAACCAGUCCAUAUAACAAUAGAGGGUACUCCAGGAGUAUUUCCACCUCCACCUGCAGAAUUUGCUGUACCAGUGCCAUAUGGAAACAUUUUCAUUUCAGUCCAAGUAUCCGGUAGAAAUGAACCAACAAAAUAUCCAGACCUUCUUAGUGGAGGAGCAACUCUACCGCGACGGAGUAGAACGUGUUGCACUGCACCGGCUUAUGAUAAUAUGGGCCCUAGAGUUACAGCAACUGGAAGCUCUACUUGGUCAUUACCUGGUGCCAGUUGUGAAAAUCCUGAACCUUCUGAGACACCUGUAUUAAGUUUACCACCUCCACCACCAGAAUUUGUUUCUCUUUAG